CAGCCUGUCCAUGGCCAGGAGCUGCCUGCACCCUUCUGUGGCCUCAGGCCCAGCUCAUGGCCCCGUGUGUGAGCCCACUGUUUGUGCUUCCAGUGCCGGACAAACCGGAGCAGCUGUGGCUGGAUCCCGACAGCGGCUCUCUCAGGUGGAACUCGCUGUCCUCCUGCAAAGGGGAGAUCAUCGGAUACCAGCUGAGCAUCACAGCCAGGAACGCAGCGGACAGCAGCGUGCUGGAGACGGAGCGGCUGCGCCUCAAUGGCUCCGUCACUGAGCUGCGGCUGCCGGAGCACAGCCCCGGCAGCAGCUACGCCGUGACCAUCCAGGGACUGACGGCUGCCGGAGCCGGGGCUGCGCUGGCCAAGGAGUUCCACAGCAGCAGCAGCAGCAGCAGCAGCAGCAGCCCCGACAGCCCGCGGCCCCAGGGCAUCAGCUGCCGCAGCGCCCGCGACAUCGCCCCAUGGCGAGGCACGGCCGUGCUCGCCCUGAGCCCCAUCGCCCGCGGCUCCGGGGCAGCCAGGGAGCACCAGCUGCUCGUGGCCCCGACGCACAACAGCUCGGUGAUCGAGGGCAUGUGCUCGGGGCAGCCGCAGCUCCUCAACGCCAGCGUCUACGUGGCCGCUGUUCUCAACCUCAGCGCCUCCACGGACUUCGUGCUGGGCGACGGCAGCCGCGGGCAGGGCGAGCACAACGCUGCGCUCCGCCCGGGCUGCGGCUACACGGCCCUGCUGCGCCUCGCCCGCCGCUCGCCGCAGCUGGGCUGGUGCUGCACGAGUGGGCUGAGCUCUCCCUCCUGUCUCCUCCAACAGGCAGAGAAGUUCACCUGUGUCUGCUACAGCUUCUCCCUUGGGCAGGAGCCGUCAUCUCUGCUGGACAGGAAGCUGGUGGUUAUGGCAGUAGCACUGACUGUUGCAUUCCUGGCACUGGGAAUUGUGCUGGUUUUUGUGGUCUUCAGGCUAAAGCGCAACAGUUCAAAAGCCUCGGAGAGCAACAGCACUAUACCCCUGAGAGGAUGUCGAAAAGUUGUACGCAAGCCAAACACACUGAUCCCAGUGGAGGAACUGCUGGAGGUUCUGAAGAUGUUUAAGAGGGAAGAAAUAGAGGCAGAGCAGGCAGAAGAUGAAUCAGUCAACAGACAUGGUGCUGGGCUUCUUAGAGAAUAUGAGCAAUUGUCCUCCACUUUGUUGCACCCCUGCAAUGCUGGAAAGGAGCUAUGUAAUCAAAACAAGAACCGCUACAAGAGCAUCAUCCCAUAUGAUCACUGCCGUGUGGUGCUGCAGCCCUCUGACACCGGGAAUGACUACAUCAAUGCCAGUUAUGUGGAUACCUACAGAAGUCCUCGCUUCUUCAUUGCAGCUCAAGGCCCCUUGGCUGGGACAGUGGUGGAUUUCUGGCACAUGGUCUGGCAGGAGAAGACCUCAGUCAUUGUGAUGCUGACGGGCUUGGUGGAGCAGAACAAGAUCAAAUGUGAGCAGUAUUGGCCAGAGCAGGAGCAGGUCUACGGUGACUUCACCGUGACACUCAACAAUACCUGGACCACCACGGGCCUUGUCAAACGCAUCUUCUGCCUGCAGAAGGCAGGCUGUGCUCUGCCAAGAGCAGUGGAGCAGUUUCACUACCUGCUGUGGCCGGACCACGGGGUGCCCAGGAACGCGUCGCAGCUGCUGUGCUUGGUGGAGGUGGUGAACAAGAGGCUGCUGGAAGCACCUGCUGGACCCGUGCUGGUGCACUGCAGCGCCGGGAUCGGGCGCACGGGUACCUUCAUCGCCCUGGACUUCCUCUUGAAGAUGGGCAAGGCCGAGGGGAAGGUGGAUGUGUUUCACUGCGUGCAGCAGCUGCGGGAGCAGCGGGUCAGCAUGGUGCAGACCAAGGAGCAGUACAGCUUCCUGUACGAGGCGCUUCUCGAAGGCUUGCUCUGCGGCAACACCGGGGUCCCAGUGGAGAGCAUCACCACCCUCGUGCGCUCCCUUGGAGAAGAUGAGACCACAGGCCACACCAGAGUCCUAGAGAAGGAGUUCAAGGCCCUGCAGAGAUUUUCUGAGUUGUUCCAGCUGCUGCCGUGCAGAGAAGCAGAGAAAGCCAGAAACCAACCCAAGAACCGCAAGCCAGGGAUCCUGCCAGCGGAUUCCUGCCGGCCCAUCCUGAUGUCCUCGGUGAACGCAGACGGCUCUCCAGCUUACAUCAACGCCGUGUUCGCCAGCACGUACACCGAGGAGGAGAGACUCAUCAUCACCCAGCUGCCUUUCCCCACCACGCUGGUGGAUUUCUGGGCUCUGGCCUGGGAUUACAGCUGCACAUCGGUAGUUGUGCUCAAUCAACUCCAGGAGCUGGACAAGACAUACGUGCAGUUCUGGCCCACCCAGGGCGAAGAUGACUACGGCCGUUUCCACGUGCAGCUGAUCUCAGAGGAGCCUGGGGCUGGCUUCACAACCUGGACACUUGUCCUCAGCAACAGGCAGCAGCCCAAGAAAUCUGCAGUGGAAAUCCAGUUACAUCAACUGACAGACUGGCCCAUGCAGCAGCGUCUUCCCCCACACCCUGACACCAUCAUCAGCUUGCUGGGGAAGGUGGAGACACACCAUCGGCAGAGCCAAGAUGGACAUAUCCUUGUCACCUGCUGGGAUGGAGCCAGCCGGAGUGGGAUCUUCUGUGCUGCUGGUUUCCUGUGUGAGCAGAUCCAAAGUGAGGGCAUGGUGGAUGUAUCCCAGGCUGUGAGGAUGCUGAAGAGACGGCGGAGACAGUUCAUUAAAGAUGUGGUAGGUGCUGACUUCAAACCCAGGUGAGAUGGCAAUACUAAAACCAGUGCCAUUUCUGGGAUUGUCCCAGGAGCUGCCCUAGCCCCUCUGUGCUCAGACCAUCCUGAGGCCAUGAGCAGAUGAGAUCUUUGAAAACCCCAUUUUCUGCUGCUGGGAUGUCCCCCCUCCCUUAGUGGCAGUGGCAGUGCUGCAGCACUGAAUGGGCACGACAGCAUCCUGCAUGAUGAGUGGCCCCUUUCUGGUCCGCCUGGUUGCUCAACACUUUGUACUGUGGAGGUUGGCUCUCCUGCCAAAAGCACCUGGUUCCAGUGCUGGUAUAAUCCAGCCAUCCAGCUCCUGGAGCACAUUCCUGGAUUCCUCAGCAGGGGAAGGUGAACUCCAGCUGGGAGGGAGAGGGUGUACUGUACUUGUGUCUGACAUGCUCUG